AUGAGCAGACCGGGCGGCCAGCAGGCUGCGAAUUACUGCUGUGAAUGUGCCGCGUCACAGUCCCGAUGCUCGGCCGACACUUGUCCAUGCGUCGCUUCUCGGCGGAUGUGCGACGAACACUGCGAAUCGGCCAGAUAUCGAGGCGACUGCUUGAAUCAGGCCAUCUGCAAGUGCUCGUGUGAGGUGGACCCGGCCAAGCCGGCGAAGAACGCGUGCAGCAAGAGCGAAAGGUGUGACUGCCUUCGAAUCAAAGAGGGUUGCUCGAAGCUUUGCGCCUGCAAGCAGAUCUGCAAGAAUAAGGAACAACCCCUCAAGAAGAUUCAAAAAGUCACAAAACCCGCCCAAGGUUGCAAUUGUGCGAAGAGCAAGAAGCAGUGCGUGAAAAAGGAGUGCCCGUGUCGGAGCGUUUACGAAUUUUGCUCAUCUGCAUGCAAAUGCUGUGGCGACUGCACGAACGGCCCUUCGAAAUUCCAUGUGCCGAAACAUGUCCAAAAUUGCUUCCUGGAGCACAAGCAUGAGAGCAGCGGGUUGAUAGUCACAUUAAUAGGAGAAGACUACAUCUAUAGAGGCGAUUUCUACCACGAAUCAAAAAGUGAGCCCCACGUCGAGGAGCAACUUGUCGACCUCUACGAAAUCGUCAUCUUCGUCUCAAAAUCCCCGUGCUUUCACCAGGACUGCGACCCGAAAUGCGAAGUGAUAGACGAGUGCAAGAGCAACAAGGCUUGUGCGAAAUUGCUGGGAUUGUUGUUGUCGAAGGUCCGAAAAGAGUUGAGCAAAGUGGACGUGAAGAUGACGGUCAAAUUUUUGUAUCCACACCUGAAUCGGGGAGAUUUGUACACGAAGCAAGGAAUUUUGUGUAUGUUGCAGGCUGGAAUUAAGGUCGAGCCUCUCCUGAUGAAAGACUGGUCAGCAAUAAUGGAUUGGUCACCCCAUGUCGAUCACAAGGGAGAAUAUUUGAAGAUGUGGAAUGAUCACAACCUAGAUAAGGCCGUCGCUCAAUCCCAAUCGUUUAUCAACGAAUGCCGAAGAGCGCUGGGGCUCUCUAUGAAAUUCUGGGUCGCUGAGAUUCACGAAAUCGUCAAGAAUGCUAUUCUGCACUAUUCUGAGAUACGGGUGAAGUGCGGGGAGUUGAACGACGCGUUGAAACAGCUCGACCUCACCGCCACCCCGCACAAAAUCCGGUCCACCCCCUCAAAACGUAGAAGCUUCAUCGACAUGCAUGAGCUGCGCGACAAGCUGUUGAUGCGCUCCUCCACCCACGACCAGAAGAAGAACGGCUCGAACAUGUCGGUGGCCAGUGACGACGCGCACGCGCAAGCGAUGGUAGCCUCAUUUUGCGGGCGGUCGUUUGACGACUCGGAGACGAACGAGAUUGCGCAACGGAUCCGACGAGCUACUGCCAACAUUAAUGUCGAGAUCGAGACUUUGCUGGAGUUUUUAACGCACAAGGGUGCCAUUGCC